CUUUUUGAGCUCUUCAAAAUCUGCUGUCUAACACACUAUUGAGAUUCGGACAAAAACUUUUGUAUAUUUGAACGGGAAUUUAACGUUUAGAUAUGAAGCGAAUCUUACCGCUCUCCAAACUGUCUCAAUAAAAUCUCGCUAAGAUGCUCCUUAUCAGAGUAGCUCUUAAUAAAUCAUAUGUGCAUGUGGGUGAGAGGCAAGGGGCCACAGGGCUCAGUGGUUGGGUACUUUUCACACCCGGAGCAAUCGCAUGUGCAUUUGUUCCAAAAAUCGCAGCAACCCGAAUGAAUCCCAUCAGAUGGGCCAAUCCAUUGCGAACAACCGGAUUUGUCUCUUCACAAUAAACACAAUUCAAGUACUAGUUAAUUAACCACACCAACUUUGUGUUAUAAAUACCCCUCUCCUCUUCCCCAAUUAAAGCAUCAACGAAGCACCACAACUCAUUCACUCUCUUAAUCAUUCCUAAUUAUUUAGAUUACUUUCCCCCCGCUAUGGCACCCACAAUGAACGGAGUAGUACUCUACAAUGCUCUUGUGUACUUCCUCGCUUCUUUAUGUUUCUUGGCACCAGGAGCCUUCGGGUACUCCUCUGGAUGGCAAAAUGCUCAUGCUACUUUCUACGGCGGCGGCGACGCGUCGGGAACAAUGGGAGGGGCGUGUGGAUAUGGCAACCUCUACAGCCAGGGGUACGGGACGAACACCGCGGCCCUCAGCACCGCGUUGUUCAACAAUGGGCUCAGCUGCGGGGCUUGUUACGAAAUGCGGUGCGCCGACGAUCCUCAGUGGUGCCUUCCAGGCUCCCUCAUAGUCACCGCCACCAAUUUUUGCCCCCCGAAUUACGCCCUCCCGAACGACAACGGCGGCUGGUGCAAUCCUCCUCUCCAGCACUUUGAUCUCGCCGAGCCCGCCUUCCUUCAAAUAGCACAAUACCGCGCCGGCAUUGUGCCCGUCUCCUUCCGCAGGGUGCCCUGUGCGAGGAAGGGAGGAAUAAGGUUCACGAUAAACGGCCACUCCUACUUCAACCUGGUGCUGGUCACGAACGUGGGCGGGGCCGGGGACGUGCGCGCGGUGUCGAUCAAGGGGUCGCGCACGGGGUGGCAGGCAAUGUCCCAAAACUGGGGCCAGAACUGGCAGAGCAACGCGUACCUCGACGGCCAGAGCCUCUCCUUCCAGGUCACCACCAGCGACGGCCGCACCGUCGCCAGCUACAACGUCGCGCCCGCCGGGUGGCAGUUCGGCCAGACCUUCGAGGGAGGCCAAUUCUAAGUCUCCGUUUUCAUUUGUUAUCGAAUCGGAUUCGACGAAAAAUAUAUAUAUUUAUAUGCACGUAUGCAUGUAUGUACGUACGUAGGUAUGUAUUUCAAAGUAGGAGGGGGCGAUCUCUCUAAAUAA